AUGAUGAAGUGUGAGAGCGAUAACGAAAGUGAGAACAAUUCGUCGGCUCACAUUUCUGUUUUUGAGCAACGCGCAUACAUUAAAAUCGAAACGAUUCGUGGUAAAACAGUGCCUGAAAUUCAUGCCGCGUUAAAUGAAGUGUGUGGAACGGAUACUGUGGAUCGUAGUACGGUGCAAAGAUGGCAUCAGCGAUUCCGUGAUGGUCGUAUAAGUAUUGAUAACAACCCUCGCUCUGGCCGACCCUCUACGGUUACUCAAGACAACACUAACGCGGCUAUUCUCGCAACUCUACUCGAUGAAGACCGACGAAUAACGGUGAGAGAGAUAGAGAAUGAAACAGGUAUUUCAAAAUCAAGUGUUCACCGCAUUUUAACGGAAAUUCUACAGAAACGANGCAGUAGUGUAACCGGGGAUUACUACAAAACAUUCCUUGCCAAAAAAUUGCGACCAGAAAUCCGUAAAAAGCGACCAGGAAUGUUACAAAAUGGUGUGUCCAUAUUGCACGAUAAUGCGCGGCCGCAUAUCGGAGCACCAGUCGUCGCUCUAUUGGAGAAAUAUGGAUGGGAACGCCUCAAACACCCACCGUAUUCGCCGGAUUUAAGUCCUCCGGACUUUGAUUUAUUUCCAAAACUGAAGGAACCACUUAGAGGGAUCCGUUUUCCCAACUUAGAUAUACUAAAUGAAGAAGUGAGCCAAAGGAUCCGUGAACUCAACAAAGAUGGCGUCCUAUGCGGUAUUCAAGCGCUCCCGAAACGAUGGCAAUCGUGUAUAGACAAACAGGGAGAUUAUAUCGAAGGUCUAUAA